GCCGCCACCAUGUCCGCCCACCUGCAGUGGAUGGUCGUGCGCAACUGCUCCAGCUUCCUCAUCAAGAGGAACAAGCAGACCUACAGCACCGAGCCCAACAACCUCAAGGCCCGCAACUCGUUCCGCUACAACGGCCUCAUCCACCGCAAGACGGUGGGCGUGGAGCCGGCUGCCGAUGGCAAAGGCAUCGUGGUGGUGAUGAAACGCAGAUCCGGCCAGCGGAAGCCCGCCACCUCCUACGUGCGGACCACCAUCAACAAGAAUGCCAGGGCCACCCUCAGCAGUGUCCGCCACAUGAUCCGCAAAAACAAGUACCGCCCAGACCUGCGCAUGGCCGCUAUUCGUAGAGCCAGCGCCAUCCUGCGCAGCCAGAAGCCCGUGGCGGUGAAGAGGAAGCGGGCGCGCCCCACCAAGAGCGCCUGAGUGCUCCCCCAUCAAUAAAGGUGUCAGCUGACUCCUC